AUGUACAAUCCAGUCUAUUAUAUGGACUCGCUAUGCAAGGACCACUUCCUGCAACGCCAGUACCGGAAGCUGGACGGUGGAGUGCUCUGGUCCCGGAACGAACGCAACCUGGACUGCACUGUCACCUUCCAGACGCACAGUAUCUUGCAGCGGUUCAUGCUGCACUUCGACCUGUUACAGCUGGACUGCAACGACCACCUCUACGUGUACGAUGGGGCUCACGCCACAGCACCACCGAAGGCGGAUCUGUCCUGCCGGAACACGAAGCAGCAGGUGGGCGCGCUGUUCACACGCAGCAACUUCGUCACGCUCAAGUACGUGACCGACAACUGGGGCACAGACGCCAACGGCUUCAAACUCGUCAUCACAGCCGUUAAAGACCCCACUCCCGAGCAUGGUUGCAAGGAGUUCAGGUGCAAGCAGCGCGAGUUCUGCGUCAGCGCUGACCUGACGUGUGAUGGCGUGGACCACUGCGCAGACGGCUCCGAUGAGGACACCGCUGCACUUUGCCCCGAGAGUGGCAACGGGGCGCACAGCGGCGCGUGGGCGGCGGUGGCGGCGGGCGCCGCGGGGCUGCUGGCGCUGGCGGCGCUGCUGGCGCUGGCCUGCUACUGCCGGCGCCGGCCGCGCGCGCCGCUCACACACCUACACUUGCAACAGAUGGCCAGCAGCAACGGCGCGGGCGGCGGCAAGGGCGCGGGGCCCGCCGCGUCGCCCGCCACGAGGCUGCCGGGAAACUGGGCGCACCCUGCGGGCCCGCGCGGGUACAGGGCGGCGCGCCCGGGCCGCCUGCGGGCGCGGGCGCAGCGCUGA